AUGCCAUCAACUGUACCUGCACCUAAACCCUCAGCACCUUCAUUAGAUCAUGAUGGAGUCAACAGAGUCCUAACAAAACGUAAGAUUCAGGAAUUGGUUGCUCAAAUAGAUCCUUCAGAGAGAUUGGAACCUGAAGUAGAAGAUAUUCUAUUGGAGAUUGCUGAUGAGUUUAUUGAAUCAGUCACUAAUUUUGCCUGUCGACUAGCCAAGCAUCGAAAAUCAGACACUUUAGAAGUAAAAGAUGUGCAAUUACACUUAGAACGUAAUUGGAAUAUUCGUAUACCAGGAUUUGCGGCAGAUGAUAUCAGGCCUUUAAGGAAAGCAGCCGUCUCAUCUGCACAUCAAAGCAAAGUACAGGCUGUGAACACAGCUAAAAGUCAAUUGGCAUCAAACUCAAAGAAGGAUUAA